CGCAACGACAAACAAGGAGGUGUGCAGGCGGUUCAGACCAAGCUCAACCAUGACGACAACAGGUCUUGGCAGUGCUGGUUUGAUCAUCUUUACCUUUGUUGCGUUCCUCCUUUUGCUCUCUUUUGUGCAGAGCAACAAUACUGAUUUCGUGGUGGCCGGUUAUUUACCGGAUUAUCGCUUCUACAUCGAUCUUAAUCAGACUGUCCUCGAUUUGACAGACUUGUUGCUCUUUUCCGUAGACGCCAAACCCAGUUUGCUAUCUGACAAUUGCUGUCUCCAUGCGGAUCACUUUAAAAUAGUCCAACAAGCGCGAGCGUUCAAACAAAAAGAGCAGUCGCGAGAUUUGCGUGUUUGGUUGACGAUAGGUGGGGCGGGACGGUCGUCAGGGUUUCCUGCCCUGUUUGGCGACACCGAGCGCCAAAAGACGUUUCUGCAGAAGCUGAUUGAUCUUGUAAAAGCAUACGAUCUCUAUGGAAUCGACUUUGAUUGCGAACUACCAUUUUCGAAGCAAGAGUACUACGACUAUAUGUUGUUCUUGCGAGCUGCUUGUGACAAGCUCCACGAUGCAGGUGUCCACGUGAGUGUCGCCCUACAUCCCCAACAAGCCUUGCCGAAGGCCAUCGCCACUUUGGUCGAUCGCGUGCAUCUCAUGGCGUACGAUAUGCUACGUCGUCAAGGAGCACAGCCGGAAGCACUGCACCACGCGGAACUCGACCAAGUCCGCAAGGCGGUACACUUACUCGUCGACAACGAUGCGCCGGGCGCCCGCAAAAUCGUGUUGGGAAUUCCUGCCUACGGGCGACACGAAAGUAACCCUGAACGGGUCAAAACAUUUGCCGAAAUUGUGGACGAAAUGGACGCGGUCCCGGAUACGCGCAACUCCUGGCGGGGAUUUAGAUUCGACGCACCUAAGGACGUCCGAACCAAAGUCGCAUACGCUAGGGACGCCCAACUUGCUGGCGUCUUUCUGUGGGAGUUGGGGCAAGACAAGGCUACCGUUGAGCAUGCGCGUAGCGGCAUUCUGUUGCGAGCGGCUGGCAGCGGAAAACUGUACACGGAUACAGCAAUCGAACCAGAAUUAUAGCAAUGUCGCCUACUUCUCUGGGAACCCAAAAGUAGGGAUGGUUUCUUGUUAGGCUAAUUUUAAG